GCUCCAGCUCUGCAAGCAGUGAUCAGUGAGGCAUAAUGCAAUGCAGGGCAGCCCAGAAUAAUCUGGUUGGCAUCCAAGGAUGUAUAUUCACCGAGAGGCUGAGGAGUGUGUCAGCAUUUAGUUUCAGUCUAGCUGCACUUUUCCUGCAGCACAGAAUCACAAAGUCUCCUCCUCUGGAUUGGGACUGAUCCUUCACCGGGAGCCUCUGAAAAGACAAAGUUUUCCUCCCUUGUUAUUGCUGUACCACCAUAACCUACCAAGAUGUGUGACUGCUUUCAUCUAGUUCUUCCUAACUGGCCAGGAUCUCCAGCCAGUGGUUCUGGACGACAGCUGAGACCAGCUGAGCCCCCGGGAGAUGCUGACGCCGAUGCGGAUGCAGAGGAUGAAGAGUCUGUUAAUGAAGUGGCAGUAGAAGACAUUCGUCCAAGGCCACAAGGAUCCUCUCCAGUUUAUGAGUAUCCCACAGAAGAAGAAUAUUUAAAGCUUCAAGAAGAAAACAAAAAACGUUCUACAGACAAAUCAAAACAGAGUCAUCCACAGGAGACAAUGGAGGUGACCCUGAAAACAGAAGCGGAAGCUGGUGCUAGUGGUUUUAGUGUGAAAGGUGGAGGAGAUGAAGGAAUAUUUAUUAAAAAAGUACUUAAGGAAUCUCCUGCUUCAAAAAUAUUUAGUCUUAAAGAAGGUGAUCAGCUUCUAAGUGCUACAAUAUUUUUUGAUAACAUCAAAUAUGAAGAUGCACUCAAGAUUCUCCAAUAUUCCGAGCCAUACAGAGUCCAGUUCAGCCUCAAAAGAAAAAUUGCUGUCAAAGAAGAGCUAGAACACCCUACAGCUCAAUACAAAAAGGAAAGAACAAGCCAGGAGAAAGAACUCAGUGAGAGCAUUCCUGAAGAAACACUUCAUGUUUCAGGAAAAGCCACUUCAGAAGAAGACAGGGAAACAUUAAUUGCAAACCAAAGAGUAGGAAGAAGCAAGAGACCUAAAAAAGACAGAUUAUCAUGGCCAAAAUUCCAGUCAAUCAAAAAUAAAAAGAUAUUGAGGCACAGAAGAUCUCAUAGUACAUCAGAUGCAUAUGAGCCUGCUGUACAGGAUAUUUCCCCUACAAGCACAGACACAGAGUCUCAAUUUCCACAAGAAAUCCAUACCAAGGAAAAAAAAGGAAGCCAAAAGAAGCUGAAGUUCCCUAGCAUUGGAUUCAGAAUGCACAGGUCCAAAACUGAACUACAAGAGAAGCAAAAAAAAGAAAUAAAAACUACACUGAUCUCUGAAAGAGAAAAAAUACAUGAAGAAGAUAUUAGCCUGGAAAAUCCUGAAAUCCUAACUGUUGAAUAUACUACAUCUACUACUUAUGAAAUGAAAACAGGGGAGGUACAUGAAACUUUACCAAAAGACUUAAAAGAUAUGAAAAAUGGCAUCCCAUCUCACGUAAAACAAUGCCCUGAAGUUGAAAUAAGCAUUAAAAAAGAAAAAGACAUGGAAUCAACAUCAAAAUUUAGUUUACCUGAAGUACCAGACAUAACAACAGAGAUACCAAAGCCCAGUUUAGAAAAAGCAGAUCUGAAAGAAAGUCCAAUUGAAAAAACACCACAGGCAUCAUCAAAAUCCCGAAAAAAGAAACAGAAAGGAACACCAGUUAAAAAAGAAGGAGAAAGUGAAAUUAACAUAGACUUGAUGGGUCACACAGCUAAAGGAUCUGUACAGGUAAAAGGCCUAGAAAUAGGCACUGCAAAAGCAGAAUUAAACACAUCUGAUACACUGGAAACAGGAGAAAAACAAGCAGAAGAAGACGCAAAGAUAUUAACAAUUCAGAAAACAAAAUUUGGGAUUUCACUGCCCAAAACAAAAGAGACAGAGACUGAAACAACCAAACAGGGAAGUGAUGUUCCACAUUCAAUACCAGAAAAAACAACUGAUUCGACUUCAGAGGAUGGCAGGAAUUUGGAUGUGAAAACACACAUAUCUGAUGCAGAACCAGAAGUAUCUUCUUGGAAAAUACAAAUGCCUUCAUUCAAAAUGACCAAAACACCUAAAACAGACAUGAAAAUAGCAAGACAAGAAAGCACAGGUGAAUCAGAAGAUACUGUAAAAGAGGAACAGAUAGAAGAAGAUGGCAUGCCCACAGGUGACAAAACCAUAAAGUUGGAAAUUGGAAUGAAGACAGGAGAAAAAGAUAUAGAGGGAAAAGAAAGCAAAUUUAGACUGCCAAAGUUAAAAUUUCCUACAUUUACCUGGUCAACUACCAAGGAUGAAACAGGGAAAACUGAAGGACAACUAAGUGAAAUGGAAGGAAAAAUGCCAACACUAAAAGAAGGAGCAGAAGCAGAGAUAUGUGGAUCAGCAGGAGAAAUGAAGAUUCCAAGUCUUGAAAUGGAAACUGGAAUAUCUAAAGGAAAAACAAAAGAAAACGAUAUCAUAGAAAAGACAAAAGUAAGUCAGCCAAGUCCAAAAAAAAUAAUUAUAAAACAUCCCAAGGUAGAAAAUGAUUUUCAAAACAUUAAUGGAGAAAUACUGAUGUCUACACCACAAAUUGAAAUAAAAAAGGACGAAGAACUAUCACAAAUUGACAUCAAGGCUCCCAAGGUGGACAUCAGCAUGCCUUCCGUGGACGUCACCCUUCCCAAGGCCAGCGUUGACGUGCAGGCGCCCGAGGCGGGCCUCAGCCUGGAAGGGGAAGCAAAAGCCCCAGAGAAGGAGACCGGCAAGAGCAAGGACGGCAAGUUCAAGAUGCCCAAGUUCGGCAUGCCUUCCUUUGGCUGGUCCAGCAGCAGAGAGGCCAAGGGCAGCGUGGCCGCUGAGGUGGACGUGAGCCUCAAGGAGCCCCAGGUGACAGUGCCCUCGGGAGCGGCCGAGCUGGACGUCAGCCUCAAGGAGCCCCAUGUGACGCUGCCCUCAGGAGCCGCCGAAGUGGAGGUGACCCUGCCCGGGGCCGAGAUCCAAGCGCCCGGCGUGGAGGUGAGGGUGGAGGCGGGCACCGCAGGAGAGGGCGAGAAAGGUCGAUUCAAGAUGCCAGACGUCAAGAUGCCCAGCGUCAAGCUGCCCAAAGUCAAAGCUCCCCACGCGCAGGUCAGCCUGCCAAAGGCCGAGGUGUCGCUGCCCAAAGGCCAGGAGGGUGAAGUCGGCCUGCAGGGCCCCGAGGCCGAAGGCGGCCUGGAGGUGACUGCCGGCAAGGUUGAGGGCGGCGGCAUGAAAAUACACAUGCCCAAAGUCAAGGUGCCCAGCGUGGUGUUCUCGAAGCCCACCGUCAAGGCUCCCAAAGUGGAGGCAGACGUCAGCCUCCCGCAGGCAGAGCUGAAGGCUGGCGCCGCCGACGUCAGCAUCGCGGCCCCUGACAUCAAGCUGCCCUCCGUGGAAGGCUCCCUGGAGCUCCAGGCGCCCGAGAUAGACCUCAAAGCACCCUCCGCUGAAGCGGAAGGGCCCGAGGUCAGCCUGCCCAGCGCAGAGGUCGAGCUCCCCUCCGCCACCGUGACGGCAGCAGGGGAGGGCCCCGGCCUGGACCUCAAAGCCGAGGUGCCCGGCGCCAAGGCGGAAGGGGCCGGCUGGAAGCUGGAAAAGCCCUCCCUGAAAAUGCCCAAAGCUGACAUCAAGGCUCCCAAGGUGGACAUCAGCAUGCCUUCCGUGGACGUCACCCUUCCCAAGGCCAGCGUUGACGUGCAGGCGCCUGAGGCGGGCCUCAGCCUGGAAGGGGAAGCAAAAGCCCCAGAGAAGGAGACCGGCAAGAGCAAGGACGGCAAGUUCAAGAUGCCCAAGUUCGGCAUGCCUUCCUUUGGCUGGUCCAGCAGCAGAGAGGCCAAGGGCAGCGUGGCCGCCGAGGUGGACGUGAGCCUCAAGGAGCCCCAGGUGACGGUGCCCUCGGGAGCGGCCGAGCUGGACGUCAGCCUCAAGGAGCCCCAUGUGACGCUGCCCUCAGGAGCCGCCGAAGUGGAGGUGACCCUGCCCGGGGCCGAGAUCCAAGCGCCCGGCGUGGAGGUGAGGGUGGAGGCGGGCACCGCAGGAGAGGGCGAGAAAGGUCGAUUCAAGAUGCCGGACGCCAAGAUGCCCAGCGUCAAGCUGCCCAAAGUCAAAGCCUCCCACGCGCAGGUCAGCCUGCCAAAGGCCGAGGUGUCGCUGCCCAAAGGCCAGGAGGGCGAAGUCGGCCUGCAGGGCCCCGAGGCCGAAGGCGGCCUGGAGGUGACUGCCGGCAAGGUUGAGGGUGGCGGCAUGAAAAUACACAUGCCCAAAGUCAAGAUGCCCAGCGUGGUGUUCUCCAAGCCCACCGUCAAGGCUCCCAAAGUGGAGGCAGACGUCAGCCUCCCGCAGGCAGAGCUGAAGGUCGGCGCCGCCGACGUCAGCAUCGCGGCCCCCGACAUCAAGCUGCCCUCCGUGGAAGGCUCCCUGGAGCUCCAGGCGCCCGAGAUAGACCUCAAAGCACCCUCCGCUGAAGUCUCGCUCGACGGGGCCAAAGUGGAAGCCUCGGGCCUGAAAGGGAAGCUUAAGAUGCCCAAGUUCGACAAGCCCAAAUGAGUGUCCUCCCCCAAGGCGGAAGGGCCCGAGGUCAGCCUGCCCAGCGCAGAGGUCGAGCUCCCCUCCGCCACCGUGACGGCAGCAGGGGAGGGCCCCGGCCUGGACCUCAAAGCCGAGGUGCCCGGCGCCAAGGCGGAAGGUGCCGGCUGGAAGCUAGAAAAGCCCUCCCUGAAAAUGCCCAAAGCUGACAUCAAGGCUCCCAAGGUGGACAUCAGCAUGCCUUCCGUGGACGUCACCCUUCCCAAGGCCAGCGUUGACGUGCAGGCGCCCGAGGCGGGCCUCAACCUGGAAGGGGAAGCACAAGCCCCAGAGAAGGAGGCCGGCAAGAGCAAGGACGGCAAAUUCAAGAUGCCCAAGUUCGGCAUGCCUUCCUUUGGCUGGUCCAGCAGCAGAGAGGCCAAGGGCAGCGUGGCCGCCGAGCUGGACGUCAGCCUCAAGGAGCCCCAUGUGACGCUGCCCUCGGGAGCCGCCGAAGUGGAGGUGACCCUGCCCGGGGCCGAGAUCCAAGCGCCCGGCGUGGAGGUGAGGGUGGAGGCGGGCACCGCAGGAGAGGGCGAGAAAGGUCGAUUCAAGAUGCCGGACGUCAAGAUGCCCAGCGUCAAGCUGCCCAAAGUCAAAGCUCCCCACGCACAGGUCAGCCUGCCAAAGGCCGAGGUGUCGCUGCCCAAAGGCCAGGAAGGCGAAGUCGGCCUGCAGGGCCCCGAGGCCGAAGGCGGCCUGGAGGUGACUGCCGGCAAGGUUGAGGGCGGCGGCAUGAAAAUACACAUGCCCAAAGUCAAGGUGCCCAGCGUGGUGUUCUCCAAGCCCACCGUCAAGGCUCCCAAAGUGGAGGCAGACGUCAGCCUCCCGCAGGCAGAGCUGAAGGUCGGCGCCGCCGACGUCAGCAUCGCGGCCCCCGACAUCAAGCUACCCUCCGUGGAAGGCUCCCUGGAGCUCCAGGCGCCCGAGAUAGACCUCAAAGCACCCUCCGCUGAAGUCUCGCUCGACGGGGCCAAAGUGGAAGCCUCGGGCCUGAAAGGGAAGCUUAAGAUGCCCAAGUUCGACAAACCCAAAUUCGGAGUGUCCUCCCCCAAGGCGGAAGGGCCCGAGGUCAGCCUGCCCAGCGCAGAGGUCGAGCUCCCCUCCGCCACCGUGGCGGCAGCAGGAGGGCCCGGCCUGGACCUCAAAGCCGAGGUGCCCGGCGCCAAGGCGGAAGGGGCCGGCUGGAAGCUGGAAAAGCCCUCCCUGAAAAUGCCCAAAGCUGACAUCAAGGCUCCCAAGGUGGACAUCAGCAUGCCUUCCGUGGACGUCACCCUUCCCAAGGCCAGCGUUGACGUGCAGGCGCCCGAGGCGGGCCUCAGCCUGGAAGAAGCAAAAGCCCCAGAGAAGGAGACCGGCAAGAGCAAGGACGGCAAGUUCAAGAUGCCCAAGUUCGGCAUGCCUUCCUUUGGCUGGUCCAGCAGCAGAGAGGCCAAGGGCAGCGUGGCCGCCGAGGUGGACGUGAGCCUCAAGGAGCCCCAGGUGACAGUGCCCUCGGGAGCGGCCGAGCUGGACGUCAGCCUCAAGGAGCCCCAUAUCCAAGCGCCCGGCGUGGAGGUGAGGGUGGAGGCGGGCACCGCAGGAGAGGGCGAGAAAGGUCGAUUCAAGAUGCCGGACGUCAAGAUGCCCAGCGUCAAGCUGCCCAAAGUCAAAGCUCCCCACGCGCAGGUCAGCCUGCCAAAGGCCGAGGUGUCGCUGCCCAAAGGCCAGGAGGGCGAAGUCGGCCUGCAGGGCCCCGAGGGAGGCGGCCUGGAGGUGACUGCCGGCAAGGUUGAGGGCGGCGGCAUGAAAAUACACAUGCCCAAAGUCAAGGUGCCCAGCGUGGUGUUCUCCAAGCCCACCGUCAAGGCUCCCAAAGUGGAGGCAGGCGUCAGCCUCCCGCAGGCAGAGCUGAAGGCCGGCGCCGCCGGCGUCAGCAUCGCGGCCCCUGACAUCAAGCUGCCCUCCGUGGAAGUCCUGGAGCUCCAGGCGCCCGAGAUAGACCUCAAAGCACCCUCCGCUGAAGUCUCGCUCGACGGGGCCAAAGUGGAAGCCUCGGGCCUGAAAGGGAAGCUUAAGAUGCCCAAGUUCGACAAGCCCAAAUUCGGAGUGUUCCCCAAGGCGGAAGGGCCCGAGGUCAGCCUGCCCAGCGCAGAGGUCGAGCUCCCUCCGCCACCGUGACGGCAGCAGGGAGGGCCCGGCCUGGACCUCAAAGCCGAGGUGCCCGGCGCCAAGGCGGAAGGUUCCGGCUGGAAGCUGGAAAAGCUCCUGAAAAUGCCCAAAGCUGACAUCAAGGCUCCCAAGGUGGACAUCAGCAUGCCUUCCGUGGACGUCACCCUUCCCAAGGCCAGCGUUGACGUGCAGGCGCCCGAGGCGGGCCUCAGCCUGGAAGGGGAAGCAAAAGCCUCAGAGAAGGAGGCCGGCAAGAGCAAGGAUGGCAAGUUCAAGAUGCCCAAGUUCGGCAUGCCUUCCUUUGGCUGGUCCAGCAGCAGAGAGGCCAAGGGCAGCGUGGCCGCCGAGGUGGGCGUGAGCCUCAAGGAGCCCCAGGUGACAGUGCCCUCGGGAGCGGCCGAGCUGGACGUCAGCCUCAAGGAGCCCCAUAUCCAAGCGCCCGGCGUGGAGGUGAGGGUGGAGGCGGGCACCGCAGGAGAGGGCGAGAAAGGUCGAUUCAAGAUGCCGGACGUCAAGAUGCCCAGCGUCAAGCUGCCCAAAGUCAAAGCUCCCCACGCGCAGGUCAGCCUGCCAAAGGCCGAGGUGUCGCUGCCCAAAGGCCAGGAGGGCGAAGUCGGCCUGCAGGGCCCCGAGGGAGGCGGCCUGGAGGUGACUGCCGGCAAGGGAGGCGGCGGCAUGAAAAUACACAUGCCCAAAGUCAAGGUGCCCAGCGUGGUGUUCUCCAAGCCCACCGUCAAGGCUCCCAAAGUGGAGGCAGGCGUCAGCCUCCCGCAGGCAGAGCUGAAGGCCGGCGCCGCCGACGUCAGCAUCGCGGCCCCUGACAUCAAGCUGCCCUCCGUGGAAGGCUCCCUGGAGCUCCAGGCGCCCGAGAUAGACCUCAAAGCACCCUCCGCUGAAGUCUCGCUCGACGGGGCCAAAGUGGAAGCCUCGGGCCUGAAAGGGAAGCUUAAGAUGCCCAAGUUCGACAAGCCCAAAUUCGGAGUGUCCUCCCCCAAGGCGGAAGGGCCCGAGGUCAGCCUGCCCAGCGCAGAGGUCGAGCUCCCCUCCGCCACCGUGACGGCAGCAGGAGGGCCCGGCCUGGACCUCAAAGCCGAGGUGCCCGGCGCCAAGGCGGAAGGGUCCGGCUGGAAGCUGGAAAAGCCCUCCCUGAAAAUGCCCAAAGCUGACAUCAAGGCUCCCAAGGUGGACAUCAGCAUGCCUUCCGUGGACGUCACCCUUCCCAAGGCCAGCGUUGACGUGCAGGCGCCCGAGGCGGGCCUCAGCCUGGAAGAAGCAAAAGCCCCAGAGAAGGAGGCCGGCAAGAGCAAGGACGGCAAGUUCAAGAUGCCCAAGUUCGGCAUGCCUUCCUUUGGCUGGUCCAGCAGCAGAGAGGCCAAGGGCAGCGUGGCCGCCGAGGUGGGCGUGAGCCUCAAGGAGCCCCAGGUGACGGUGCCCUCGGGAGCGGCCGAGCUGGACGUGACCCUGCCCGGGGCCGAGAUCCAAGCGCCCGGCGUGGAGGUGAGGGUGGAGGCGGGCACCGCAGGAGAGGGCGAGAAAGGUCGAUUCAAGAUGCCGGACGUCAAGAUGCCCAGCGUCAAGCUGCCCAAAGUCAAAGCUCCCCACGCGCAGGUCAGCCUGCCAAAGGCCGAGGUGUCGCUGCCCAAAGGCCAGGAGGGCGAAGUCGGCCUGCAGGGCCCCGAGGGAGGCGGCCUGGAGGUGACUGCCGGCAAGGUUGAGGGCGGCGGCAUGAAAAUACACAUGCCCAAAGUCAAGGUGCCCAGCGUGGUGUUCUCCAAGCCCACCGUCAAGGCUCCCAAAGUGGAGGCAGGCGUCAGCCUCCCGCAGGCAGAGCUGAAGGCCGGCGCCGCCGACGUCAGCAUCGCGGCCCCUGACAUCAAGCUGCCCUCCGUGGAAGGCUCCCUGGCUCAGGCGCCCGAGAUAGACCUCAAAGCACCCUCCGCUGAAGUCUCGCUCGACGGGGCCAAAGUGGAAGCCUCGGGCCUGAAAGGGAAGCUUAAGAUGCCCAAGUUCGACAAGCCCAAAUUCGGAGUGUUCCCCAAGGCGGAAGGGCCCGAGGUCAGCCUGCCCAGCGCAGAGGUCGAGCUCCCCUCCGCCACCGUGGCGGCAGCAGGAGGGCCCGGCCUGGACCUCAAAGCCGAGGUGCCCGGCGCCAAGGCGGAAGGUUCCGGCUGGAAGCUGGAAAAGCCCUCCCUGAAAAUGCCCAAAGCUGACAUCAAGGCUCCCAAGGUGGACAUCAGCAUGCCUUCCGUGGACGUCACCCUUCCCAAGGCCAGCGUUGACGUGCAGGCGCCCGAGGCGGGCCUCAGCCUGGAAGAAGCAAAAGCCCCAGAGAAGGAGACCGGCAAGAGCAAGGACGGCAAGUUCAAGAUGCCCAAGUUCGGCAUGCCUUCCUUUGGCUGGUCCAGCAGCAGAGAGGCCAAGGGCAGCGUGGCCGCCGAGGUGGGCGUGAGCCUCAAGGAGCCCCAGGUGACGGUGCCCUCGGGAGCGGCCGAGCUGGACGUGACCCUGCCCGGGGCCGAGAUCCAAGCGCCCGGCGUGGAGGUGAGGGUGGAGGCGGGCACCGCAGGAGAGGGCGAGAAAGGUCGAUUCAAGAUGCCGGACGUCAAGAUGCCCAGCGUCAAGCUGCCCAAAGUCAAAGCUCCCCACGCGCAGGUCAGCCUGCCAAAGGCCGAGGUGUCGCUGCCCAAAGGCCAGGAGGGCGAAGUCGGCCUGCAGGGCCAGGCCGAAGGCGGCCUGGAGGUGACUGCCGGCAAGGUUGAGGGCGGCGGCAUGAAAAUACACAUGCCCAAAGUCAAGGUGCCCAGCGUGGUGUUCUCCAAGCCCACCGUCAAGGCUCCCAAAGUGGAGGCAGGCGUCAGCCUCCCGCAGGCAGAGCUGAAGGCCGGCGCCGCCGGCGUCAGCAUCGCGGCCCCUGACAUCAAGCUGCCCUCCGUGGAAGGCUCCCUGGAGCUCCAGGCGCCCGAGAUAGACCUCAAAGCACCCUCCGCUGAAGUCUCGCUCGACGGGGCCAAAGUGGAAGCCUCGGGCCUGAAAGGGAAGCUUAAGAUGCCCAAGUUCGACAAGCCCAAAUUCGGAGUGUUCCCCAAGGCGGAAGGGCCCGAGGUCAGCCUGCCCAGCGCAGAGGUCGAGCUCCCCUCCGCCACCGUGGCGGCAGCAGGAGGGCCCGGCCUGGACCUCAAAGCCGAGGUGCCCGGCGCCAAGGCGGAAGGGUCCGGCUGGAAGCUGGAAAAGCCCUCCCUGAAAAUGCCCAAAGCUGACAUCAAGGCUCCCAAGGUGGACAUCAGCAUGCCUUCCGUGGGCGUCACCCUUCCCAAGGCCAGCGUUGACGUGCAGGCGCCCGAGGCGGGCCUCAGCCUGGAAGAAGCAAAAGCCCCAGAGAAGGAGACCGGCAAGAGCAAGGACGGCAAGUUCAAGAUGCCCAAGUUCGGCAUGCCUUCCUUUGGCUGGUCCAGCAGCAGAGAGGCCAAGGGCAGCGUGGCCGCCCGAGCGGCCGAGCUGGACGUCAGCCUCAAGGAGCCCCAUGUGACGCUGCCCUCGGGAGCCGCCGAAGUGGAGGUGACCCUGCCCGGGGCCGAGAUCCAAGCGCCCGGCGUGGAGGUGAGGGUGGAGGCGGGCACCGCAGGAGAGAGCGAGAAAGGUCGAUUCAAGAUGCCGGACGUCAAGAUGCCCAGCGUCAAGCUGCCCAAAGUCAAAGCUCCCCACGCGCAGGUCAGCCUGCCAAAGGCCGAGUGUCGCUGCCCAAAGGCCAGGAGGCGAAGUCGGCCUGCAGGGCCCCGAGGCCGAGGCGGCCUGGAGGUGACUGCCGGCAAGGGAGGCGGCGGCAUGAAAAUACACAUGCCCAAAGUCAAGGUGCCCAGCGUGGUGUUCUCCAAGCCCACCGUCAAGGCUCCCAAAGUGGAGGCAGGCGUCAGCCUCCCGCAGGCAGAGCUGAAGGCCGGCGCCGCCGGCGUCAGCAUCGCGGCCCCUGACAUCAAGCUGCCCUCCGUGGAAGGCUCCCUGGCUCAGGCGCCCGAGAUAGACCUCAAAGCACCCUCCGCUGAAGUCUCGCUCGACGGGGCCAAAGUGGAAGCCUCGGGCCUGAAAGGGAAGCUUAAGAUGCCCAAGUUCGACAAGCCCAAAUUCGGAGUGUUCCCCAAGGCGGAAGGGCCCGAGGUCAGCCUGCCCAGCGCAGAGGUCGAGCUCCCCUCCGCCACCGUGGCGGCAGCAGGAGGGCCCGGCCUGGACCUCAAAGCCGAGGUGCCCGGCGCCAAGGCGGAAGGUUCCGGCUGGAAGCUAGAAAAGCCCUCCCUGAAAAUGCCCAAAGCUGACAUCAAGGCUCCCAAGGUGGACAUCAGCAUGCCUUCCGUGGACGUCACCCUUCCCAAGGCCAGCGUUGACGUGCAGGCGCCCGAGGCGGGCCUCAGCCUGGAAGAAGCAAAAGCCCCAGAGAAGGAGACCGGCAAGAGCAAGGACGGCAAGUUCAAGAUGCCCAAGUUCGGCAUGCCUUCCUUUGGCUGGUCCAGCAGCAGAGAGGCCAAGGGCAGCGUGGCCGCCCGAGCGGCCGAGCUGGACGUCAGCCUCAAGGAGCCCCAUGUGACGCUGCCCUCAGGAGCCGCCGAAGUGGAGGUGACCCUGCCCGGGGCCGAGAUCCAAGCGCCCGGCGUGGAGGUGAGGGUGGAGGCGGGCACCGCAGGAGAGGGCGAGAAAGGUCGAUUCAAGAUGCCGGACGUCAAGAUGCCCAGCGUCAAGCUGCCCAAAGUCAAAGCUCCCCACGCACAGGUCAGCCUGCCAAAGGCCGAGGUGUCGCUGCCCAAAGGCCAGGAGGGCGAAGUCGGCCUGCAGGGCCAGGCCGAAGGCGGCCUGGAGGUGACUGCCGGCAAGGGAGGCGGCGGCAUGAAAAUACACAUGCCCAAAGUCAAGAUGCCCAGCGUGGUGUUCUCCAAGCCCACCGUCAAGGCUCCCAAAGUGGAGGCAGACGUCAGCCUCCCGCAGGCAGAGCUGAAGUCCGGCGCCGCCGACGUCAGCAUCGCGGCCCCUGACAUCAAGCUGCCCUCCGUGGAAGGCUCCCUGGAGCUCCAGGCGCCCGAGAUAGACCUCAAAGCACCCUCCGCUGAAGUCUCGCUCGACGGGGCCAAAGUGGAAGCCUCGGGCCUGAAAGGGAAGCUUAAGAUGCCCAAGUUCGACAAACCCAAAUUCGGAGUGUCCUCCCCCAAGGCGGAAGGGCCCGAGGUCAGCCUGCCCAGCGCAGAGGUCGAGCUCCCCUCCGCCACCGUGACGGCAGCAGGGGAGGGCCCCGGCCUGGACCUCAAAGCCGAGGUGCCCGGCGCCAAGGCGGAAGGGGCCGGCUGGAAGCUGGAAAAGCCCUCCCUGAAAAUGCCCAAAGCUGACAUCAAGGCUCCCAAGGUGGACAUCAGCAUGCCUUCCGUGGACGUCACCCUUCCCAAGGCCAGCGUUGACGUGCAGGCGCCCGAGGCGGGCCUCAGCCUGGAAGGGGAAGCAAAAGCCCCAGAGAAGGAGACCGGCAAGAGCAAGGACGGCAAGUUCAAGAUGCCCAAGUUCGGCAUGCCUUCCUUUGGCUGGUCCAGCAGCAGAGAGGCCAAGGGCAGCGUGGCUGACGAGGUGGACGUGAGCCUCAAGGAGCCCCAGGUGACGGUGCCCUCGGGAGCCACCGUAGUGGACAUUACCCUGCCUGAGGUGCAGGUUCAGGUGCCUAGUUCUGAAGUUCCUGUAGAUUCUUUGUUUUCUAAAGAGGACGAGAUGGGUAAAUCUGGAAGUUCUCUAUUUAGAAUGCCUAAGGUUUCUCUUUCCAAAAGUUUCAAACCUCAUCCAGAAAGUAAGUCCAAAGUUGAUGUUUCAUUGUCAGAAUCUCUUAGUUGUUCUGUUACAGAGGAUACUCCUGCUGUUCUUUCAGGUAGUGUCAGAUCUAAACCCUUGCCAGACUUAAAGGGAGAUAAUAUAUCUAAAACUACUAAGUUCAGAAUUCCUAGCUUGGGUUUCUCCAAAGUUGAUUUGAGUUCAUCUGUAGUUGACCCUGAGUCCUCAUUUCAAAAAGAGGAUAUUACACUUACUAAAUACCAGAUUAAUCUAACAGAAUCUGAAUCAAAAAUACCUUCUCUUGCAGAUGAAAAUCUUUCAGAUUUUGAAAUUUUAAAUGAAGAUGAUUUUGUGGAGCAAGAAGGUCUUAAACCAGAAGGUAAAACAAGAGCUGCUGGAGUAUCUUUGAGUGACACAGAUGUAACUGUUAAACUUCCUAAAUUGCGAAAACCAAAAUUUGGAAUUUGGUCUAAGGGUAAAGCAUCAGAAAGUGACAUUGGUUUGAAAGUGGAAUCUGAUGUUUCCAAGGGAAGGAUAACAUCUGAUUUAACUGAUCCUGAUAUUGGAAAACCAACUCAGAUGUCUGACGCCAAGUUAGGUGUCAAGUUGCACAAGCCUUCACUUCAAGUUAUUUUGGAUGCACCAACACUAGAUUCUAAUCUCUCACCAAUAGAAGUUACCAUGCCAAAAUUAGAAGGAGAAAUCCAUGGUGCAGAUUUAGACUGCAAGGCAGAACACGUAGUAAUUUCUGGAGAGAAGGAUACUGAGGAGAAAGAAAACAAAUCUAAAUCAUCAAAAUUCAAACUGCCUUCAUUUCGUUGGUCACCAAAGAAAGAAGCUAUUGUCCCGUCUCAGGCUGAGGAACAUCUGGAAGAACCACUUUUGUCUACUUUAUCUGGAGACACAGACUCUGAAUUAACUUUUCCUACUCCUGAGAAUCAAUACGUUCAUGUAGAACUUGAUACAUCUAUAGAAAAAGAUGGUGAAAAGGUCAGAAACAAGAAGUCCCAAUUUACCAUGCCAAAGAUCUCAUUCCCUAAAAUUAAGGGUCAGAAAGUCCAAGUCUCUCUGCCUGUACUCGGGACUGAUGUUUGUGGUCCCAAACAAGAAAAAGAAGAUGUUUCAAUACAGAAAUCUGAGAAAGAGGUUAGUGGGGAAAAUGCAGGAAUGGGCAUAAAAAUGCCAAAAGUUAUGGUCCCAACUUUGGAAUUUUCCAAACCGGAAGUCAAAGCUCCUGAAAUAGACAUGGAUGUUAGCAGGCCUACAGGUGAGGUCAUACUUCGUAUGUGUGAAGAAGAUGAUCUAAAAUUGAAAUCAGCUGCUGAUGAUGCCAGCCUCUCCACCUCAGGCAUUAAGAUGACAACUGAAGGUUCACUUGAGAUGAAGAGUCCUGACGCAAGUGUUGAGAGAACAUCAAGUGAAAUUGCUGUGAGUGAUGUAGAAAUAAAAGCUGAAGGUCCUGAAGGGAAAACAAAAAUGUCUAAAUUCCAAAUGCCAAAGUUAGGAAUUACACUUUCUAAAGGGAAAGGGCCAGAAAAGGAGGUCAGCCAAUCCAAAUCAGAAGUCAAGGUUCCCCAACUAAAAGCAACAGUAGAAAUAUCUGACAUUGCUGUUGUUGAAGGACCAAACUUGGAGGUGGAAUGUGGCACAGGAAUAGAGACUUACAGCCCUCAAGUUGACAGUAAGGCAUCAGAGGUUGAUGUUCACCUCCCUUCAGCUGACAUUUCUGUUCCAAAACCAGACAGUGACAUUCAGGAUUCAGAUUCAGCACUAAAAAUCAAAGGGGAAAUAAAGCCAGAUGGAGAUGGAGAAGAGAAAGAAGGACAUUUCAAAAUGCCAAAGUUCAAACUUCCGUCCUUCAGUUGGUCACCAAAGAAGGAAGCAAGUGUUAAACUGGAUUCUGGAGCAAACCUGGAAGACCAAAAGCUUGCUGUAAUGUCAAGCAGAAUAGACACAGAAGUGCGAGGAACUGCAGUGGUUGAUGAAGGUAGUGGGACAGCCCUUGAUCUGGAAAUAUCUACAGGAAAAGUUGAACAAAAAAGUCCAGUUAAAAAGCCUCAAUUUGUCAUGCCUAAAAUUUCACUCUCCAAGAUCAAGGUUCCAAAAUCUCAGUCUCAUUCGUCAAAAGUUGAAGUUGAUGCUACUCUUCUUAAAACAGAAAGAGAUGGUGAUGAUUCAAUUCAGAUACCUGAUAUAGAAAGAAGUCAUUCCGAAAGGACCGAAGAAGGGGCACAAAUAAACAUAAAAGUGGCUGAUGUUAAGUUCCACACGUCAGAAUUUUCCAAAAUAGAAACUGAAACUUUUCAAAACAAAAUGGGAAUCAGCUCAGCAAAGACUGAUGCCUCUCUGACUCCCUCAGAGGGGAGUUUUCAGCAGGUUGACCUAAAGUCAAGCUCUACCGAUGAAUGUAACAUUCAAAAAACAGGUAUUAAGAUCCCCAAAGGAGAAGCUUCAGUUGAACUGAAGAGCCCUGAUAUAGUAACAGAAAGAUUGUCAGUUGUGGAUGGAAGAAAAGUGAAAUUGGAAGAUCCUGAAGGGAAGAUGAAAAUUCCCAAAUUCCAGAAACCAAAGUUUGGAAUCUCUCUAACAAAAGGGAAAUGCCCAGAGGCAGAGAUCAGCUCUCCAAAAAUAGAAGCUGAACAACCUCAGCUAAAAAUAACAAAUGAAAUUGCUGACAUUGCUGUGGGAGUUCCAGCAUCAGAACUUUUAUCUGAUAUGUCAGAUCCUGGAGUAGUUGUUUGUAAGAUAAAAACACCCCAAGAUCUGACUGAUGGCAUUGAAGCUCCAAUAAGCCCCCAGUCAGUGUCUAAACCAAGGACAGAGGGAGCUAUUGAGAGUCUUGAGGACAAAGAAAUCAAAUUAAAAGAAGAACAUGAAAUAAAAACUGAAGAAGUUCGGACUGAAGAACAUCAGGGAUGGUUUAAAAUGCCAAAAUUCAGAAUACCUUCAUUUGGCAGGACAUCCUUAAAGGAAAAAAAGAGUGAUGCUGAUAUUGAAAGAAGUAUGGAAAAAACUCAGGUGAGCAUUCCCUCUGCAAAAGUACAAACUGAAACAAGUAUUCCCGAAAAUACCUUCUCAUUACCACAUGCAGUUGCUGAAAUUACUAUUGGAAAAGAAGGGAUUAAAAAAUUUGAAGAUUCUGUGAAGAGUUCUGAUGUUAGCUUGUCAAAGAUGGAAGGAGAUAUUUCAUUGUCCACAGAAAGAACAGAUAGUAGAGUGAAUAUUCCAAAAACUGAAACUUAUGCAGACAUAGUUAAGCGUGGUGCUGAAGGACAAAAAUUGCAUACUUCAGAAUUCACAGUGUCUGCAGCAGAAUUGCCUAAAUCAUACCUAAAUGCUUCAGAAAUUGACAAAGACAACAGUUUAACAAGUAAGUUUCCUACAGGUACUCUGACUCAUCAAGAGCAUAAAGUCAAACCACCGGAUAUGGAAGUCCCAAACAUAGAAAGUUCCUCUAAAUUAGAGACUUCAGGAGUAGGAUGCAAACCAUCAUCAACUGGAGUUACUCUGGAUGCAACACAGGUGAAAAUAGGUGUUAGUCCUCCAAAGGAAGAUUUAGAUAUUCAAAAUAAAGAGGCAACAAUUGAAAAAGGAAAGAUAAAGGGUGAGGUGAAAAUUGUAGGAAAAGACAGUGAAGAAAGUCAGUUUAAAAGGACUAUGUGUGAAUGGUCUACAACAAAGGGAUCAGAAGAUGGUACUUACGUUACUGCUAAGCUGGAAGAUCUAAAGGUAGAAGUUCCAGGAGUGAAGACGAAUGUUAAAAUUACUAGAGUAGAUCCUGAAACGAAAUUUCAAGUGAAAAGUGUUGAAAAGGAUGUGUCUGCAGGAGUGGAAGUGCAAGUAGAAGAUAGAGCAGAAACAAGUAAAACUAAAGCAUACAAGUUUAAGAUUCCGAAGUUUGGAAUGUUUCAUUCAGAAAUCAAGGGUUUUGAAGAUGAUAUCAAUGUGACAAAGUCAGAAGCUGAGUCAGUAUCUGAAAGUGAAAUAGGCACAGCAGAGAUGCAGUUACAAAAACCAGAAGGAUCUAUUGGCCUGAAAAGUCCAGCUCUAGAUUAUAUGGAAGCACCUACCAGAAUAAUAGGGGAAACAGUGGACCAAUCACAACGUGGCCCAGAAGUAAUUGUAAGAAUUCCCAAACUAAAAAUACCAAGAUUCACUUUUAAAACUCUCCCAAUUGAAGCUGAUGUUUUAGUGUCAAAAGUGGUAACAGAUCCAAAGGGAUCUAGUGCUGAUAUUGAGGUAGUGCAACUGGAAGCAAGCUCUGCUAUCUCUGAUGAAACACCAGGGGCUCUAGAGGCAAGUAUUCAAAAAGCAAAAAGCAAAAUUCUGACGCUGACUGAACCUGACAUUAAAACAGCACAAAUGACAACUACCAUAGAGUCCUCCCUUUCAAGUACAGGGCAAGACGUUCACUGGUCUUAUGUAGAAGGCCAGGAGGUAAGUGAGAAAGUAGAACCUGAACACGUUGCUAUUGAAAGGUGUGAGAUUUACACUACUGAAAUACUGAAAGAAUCAGAGAUUCUGUCAUCAAAAGUCAAAACUGCUACACUGGGAUUCUCGUUGCUGAAGGCAAAGUUGCCUGAAUCACACAGUGACUUAGAAGUGGUAGUCCAGCAACCAUCUCCAACAGAAGGUGGAUCAGUGAAAAAACCUACAUGUGCUGAGGAAAGCUUUGGAGUAGCAGCACAGAGAACUGGCAGUGCUGAGCUUAAACUAUCUGACAAACCACAUCAUGAGUCUGAAAAAUUUAGUGGAGAAGUAAGUUUGCCAAAGUUAAAAACAUAUGUUACUGAAGUAAAGCCUUCCAGUAAACUUGAAGAGAGUCUUCCUCAUAAAUCACCAGAGAGAAUAACUUCGGGUCCUCUCUCUAAAGAUGAAGAUGUAGCUGAAGCCAUGGAAGGUGAAGAAAAAGCAAAAACCAAUGAGAAAGAAAAGACUGAUAGCAAAAGAUCUCCUGGAAGAUUCAAGUUUUGGCUUCCAGGUGUUGGCUUUUCAUCUUCUAGUGAUGAAACAAGCACAGAUGUAAAAACAGAAGUAAAAAAAUCAGAUCCAGAAGAUAUGAAAUCUGCUGACACAUCAGAUGAUUCCUCUAAGCAAACUGAAAAAACUGGAUGGUUUAGAUUUCCCAAGCUUGGUUUCACAUCUCCUUCUAAAAAGGCUAAGUCUGUUGAAAAAGAAGAGAUGGGUCAUAAAGAGGGAAGAAUCUCAGAUGAAGAUAGCCCAUCAGAUAAACCUGACGUAUUUUUUGAUGCACAGGAAAGCUUAUCACCUAAAGAAACAACAAGUAAUGAAAAAGUUGAAACUGAUGGGGCCUCAUCUAUUGUGACAUCUUUGGCAAGAACUGAACUAAUCUUGUUGGAGGAAGAAAAAGAUAGUAAAUCUAAUAUUGAUGGAGAUACAACCAAAUGAAGGUUGCAUGUUCUCAGUCCUCAAUGAAAACAAAAUCAUCUACAUGUACAGAAAAGAAUGUGUUUUUUUAAUUUUCUAGUAACUGAAAAUGAAAACCCAAAGCUGGUAUCAAUGAAAAGAGUUGAACAGAAUUUACCACAUGUAAAUUUUCAAGUACCUGGAUGUACUAUAUGAUGCACUUAUAAAAAUAAUGAUUUCUUCAAAUCUGCACCAAAGGCAAUAGUUAUGACAAGUACAGAGGAGCCCAUAGUUUGAACAAAGUCUGAAAAAAUAUACCUGAAUCAUGAAAGUAAACGAUUGAAAGGCUCAAUGAUAGCAAAAGGUUUUUUAAAUAGGCUUCUCAAAACACACAAUGUAAUUACAUUUAGAUUACAGAUUAUUUCCAGAAUGGGUUAUAAACUAGUACUAUAAGAACUAUAUUUACAUGUUUAGAUUUUGGACCUUUCUGACCUACUUUUGCUUUCUUAUUAAAAUGUUUUUCUUUAUUUCAGCUAAAGUAGUAUGUAUAUUCCACAAACAUUUUAAAAUAUAAAAUAAAAUUUAAAUACUAGUGUAGAGACACUAAUGCUUUUACCUCUUCCUCUCUUCUCAUUUUUUUAUUAUUGUGGUGGGUCAUAUUUAGCCUUAAGAGAUUUUAAAAAUACCAAACCAAAACCCAACAGAAUAAUUUCAAGACCAAAAACUUGUAACUAAUUCACAUUUUUAAGAUACCAAAAUAAAACAUACUUACAAAGAAUAAUUAUUCAGAUGUGGAUAAAUAAAUUUUAAUGUAUAUAUUUAUGGGAUAGUUAAAUGCUUAGAAUGAUCUACCACACUGGUGGAAUUGCUUCAAAGAUUUUCGGGAAAGGAGGUGUAUAUAAUUAUUUGCUUCUUUGUUUAUAUCAAUGCUUCUCUCAAGGGCACAAUGGAAACCAGAGUGCAUAUGUGACAGCCUUCACAUGUACCAAAAAAACACUGUCUGUAUUAUUAAGUCACAAUAAACU